UCUUUCAGAACCACUCUUUUAUUUCUUUCUCAGUUUUAGAAACUGGGAUGUUCGAAGCGAUGACUGCGAAAUCAGAAGCUUUAGUGUACUCCUUCUCACUGUGCUUGAUGAACUUUACUUGGCAACAUUCGAAGAUCAAAGUUCCAAAGACAAUUGACACAAGGCAGCCAAGAUUCAGCAAUGAAAUAUCUUCAACUUGUAGAAUAGAGUAAAUCCCAAUCCGAGAAUGCCAAGGUUUGUAUUGCUUGUACAAAACUGAAAUGGCUCUGCAGCAUUGUAUAAGGGCAAGUGACAUCAUUGGCAGAAUUUUUUAGUACUACUCCAAUCUUCAUUAGCACUCAAUAAAGUCAAAUUUUUGACUUUCCACGCUUCUCUAUGUUUCUCACACUUUUCAAAGCAAGGAGGAAUUGUAUCCAGGAUUUCUUCUUCUUCACCAGGAAGUGCUCAAUCGUCAAAACUUUUAGAAUUAUCAUUUCGAUGCUGGCUAUCACUAAGAGAGUUGUUUAGAUUAGAAGGAGCAGGAACUUGUAAAUGAUCAGUUUUUGAUUCUUCUUCCAUCUUUUAG